UCUGUGUGGUGGGGGGCAAGACUCAUGAAAGAAUCUGAGAGAUGUACAGCAAGCGUCGUGUUCAUUUUCUAGUAAUGACUGAAAUGAGGGAAACGGACUCUUCUGUUCAGUACAAUUCCACGUGUGCUGUGCAAAAGGUGUUAAAGUUUCAUGAGAGAAUAACAGUGAUGCUCCUGCUGCACGAAUCAGUGGUGAACUAAAAUGGACCACUCGUAAUUCUACAACAGAAAGAGCAGGGGAAGGAUGUUAACUGUAAAACUAGCUAUGGCGUGGAGAGGAUAACUAGGAAAUUAUGGUUGGUCUUUCUGUGAUGAUGUAAAUAUUUUUGUGGCACCAAGUGGAAAUAUCUAGUGGCAGAUUCAGAACAAAGAAGAGUAUCUGUCUCUUCAUACGAUGCAUACUUAAGACACGGAGCUUGUGGCCACAGGACAGUGGAGCUGCUAAAAAUUUAUAUGGCUUUAAAAAAGGGCAAACUGAAGGAGCAGUCCAUUGAGGAAUAUAACACAACAAGAACAUGCCUGGCUCAGGAAGACCAGGAUACACAACAUGUUGAAAGCUGGGACAAGAUACUCUUUCUGUGCACCUUCCAUUGAUUACUACCACAAAGGGGAUACCAGGUGAUAUUUGCAGUACUACUAUUCUUAUGUUACUAUUGCUAAAGGAUUAAAGGUUCCAAUUAAAUAACUAACCCUCCUUGAGAUACUCUUACACGUGUCAGCUUAUACCACUGUCUACAGACUAUUAGGAUUUAUCAGUUUUUUAGUUUUUUUUCAGGAGUGUUAGUAGCAAGCAUCUGAAUUUGCACUUAGCUGCUAUAUAUGUUAAAUAGGCUCCUGCAUCCAUGAAAUAGUGACUUUAUUUUCAUGAUAGAAACAGAUGACCAAACAGCUCUGGUUAGUAAGCCCAGGAAUAAAGGAGGAAACAGUAAUCUGGCAUCAGCUGGAUUUAACAUUAUCAACUCCAUCAUAGGAUCAGGCAUUAUAGGGUUGCCAUAUUCAAUGAAAGAAGCUGGUUUUCCCUUAGGCGUACUGCUUCUGUUUGGAGUUGCCUAUAUCACAGAUUAUUCCAUUAUAUUACUGAUCAAAGGAGGAAAUCUCUCUAGUACCAACACCUAUCAAGAGCUGGUCAGAAAAACAUAUGGCCUUAUAGGUUAUCUAAUUCUUUCAACUCUUCAAUUUUUAUAUCCAUUUAUUGCUAUGAUUAGUUACAACAUAAUAACUGGAGACACUUUAACUAAAGUUUUUUUGAGAAUUCCUGGAGUUGGACCAGAUAAUAUACUUACAGAUCGUCACUUCAUAAUUCUUCUUACCACCAUCAUCUUUACCUUGCCUUUAUCUUUAUAUCGUGACAUAGCAAAAUUGGGAAAGGUAUCUCUUAUUUCUCUGAUUUUAACCAUUGUUAUCCUGGUUAUUGUGAUGGUGAGGACAGUAACAUUGGGUCCACAGGUACCCAAAUCAGAAAAUGCAUGGAUAUUUGCAAAAUCAAAUGCAGUACAAGCCAUUGGGGUGAUGUCAUUUGCAUUCAUCUGCCACCAUAACAGCUUUUUAAUAUAUGGCUCUCUUGAAGAACGCACGUUAAACAACUGGUCUCGAAUCACACAUGUGUCUGUCUCCCUUGCUGUUGUUAUCAGUGUACUAUUUGCUGCAUGUGGGUACAUGACUUUUACAGGAUACACGGAAGGAGAUAUAUUUGAAAACUACUGUAGAGAUGACAACCUUGCUACAUUUGGGAGGUUUUGUUAUGGAGUUACUGUAAUUUUGACCUUCCCCCUUGAAUGUUUUGUGACCAGAGAGGUGAUUGCCAAUGUGUUUUUCCAUGGGAACCUCUCAACCGUUUUCCAUAUUGUUGUGACAGUAAUUAUCAUUGCUGUGGCAACUGGUGUAUCGUUAGUGUAUGAUUGCCUUGGAAUAGUUUUAGAGCUGAAUGGAGUACUGAGUGCUACCCCACUUGUUUUUAUCAUCCCAACAGCGUGUUAUCUAAGGCUGUCCAAAGAGCGGUGGAACCAUUCGGAUAACCUCAUAUCCUGCCUGAUUCUUGUUAUUGGUGGCCUAGUGAUGACAGUUGGGUUUGUUUUGACUCUUUUGCAUCCCCAGGAAUGUAGCCAUGGAAAAGAAAUGUUCUACUGCUUCUCUAGUAAUGUUUCUUUUCACAACAGUACACUUCCCCCUUAGGUAACACACCAAUCUGAAUGAGAUCAGGUGUGUCUUCCACCAAGCCAUAUAGUCCAGUUUAAAGGUGCCUGGAACAAAGAUUUUGUUUUCCUGUGCACCAAUAAUUUUAAUCUGUAUAACCGUAUUUAUAUACUUUAUGUUGCCAUCCUUUUUCUGAUUAAAAACUUAGCUUUUAACUGUUGAAACAAAUUCUCAAAGGUGCCUUGCAGCAGACAUUACUUGCUUGACUUGCAAACCUUCCAAAAAAGCUUAAUUUAUGUUAGUGCGUCACCAGUGCAGUUUAAAAAUUAUAGGUGAAAUGUGUAGGAAUGUAAACUCUUCCCAUGUUUCAUUGCUUUUAUUAAUUUUCCUUAAUUUUUAUUAAUUUUGUAAUGAUUAAAUGUAUAUUUAUUAGCAUACCAUAUUAUGUUUUUUUUUUAAGUCCUGAAAAAGAGUAUGUCUGGCUCUCUGUCUUGAACUUGUGUGGUUAAAUUGAAAAAACAAACAAACAAACAAAACUAAUUCUGUAUUUGAUUUUGCAAUAACUGUUCUUUAGUGCUGAAAGCAUCCCUUGUACUGGCUUUCCAGUUAAGGGCAAUUUUGUAUUAUAACUGAACUGUAACUGAUAUAAUCCAGCUGUAAUUGUUACAAUUAUUGGUUUUCUUAUUAAAAGAUUUUGCAUGAAUCUGCCCAUAUAUGUGAAUUUUAAAAGAUUGAGGUAAAAAUUCUUUGUAGAAAUUCUAAGAUUGAUAGAGAAGAAAAUGAUAUGCGUAACAAUCACAGCUUGACUUUUAUGUUCAUAACCUUACUUAGUUCUGAAACUAUCCUGUAGCACUGAUACACACCAGGCAUGUGCAGCUUGAGCUUGUUUGGGAGGCUGAGGGUUGUUUUAUG